GUAUAAUGGUAUCAUGGUCGGUACUUUUGACAACACUAACCGGACGAAGACAGAAUGAACAGACAUGACUAAGUAGGGGUGCUAAUCAGGGACAGACAGGUGAGAGGAUCAAAUAAUAAUGACACAACAUGAACAGGAACAUAACUGUGUGACAGUUCGCCCCACUCCCGGAAAGCGCGGCCUCGCGCGACUUAACAACAAAGGGAGAGACGGAGGGGGACUUAGGAGGAGGACAAAGGAGAGGAUGUGGGGUGGUGACAGGAUGGCAAAGGGCUGGCAGGAAGGAAGGCAAACAGUACAGGUGGAGGUUUGGGCGGAGGACGGACAUCCAGGAGGAGGACGACAAACAGAAUCCAGGGUGGAGAUGAUGGAGGGAGGAGGCAGGGAGGAGAUAGGAGGGACUUGGAGCAGGAGGAGCCAGGCGGGACCCAGGCCACAGCCAAGAAGGCGACCCACAGUGGAGGCAACAGAGGGAGGCGCCAUGGUGGAGGAAGGGCUGCCGACUCCAGGGGGCCUACCGACGGCGGUCGGAACAGGUGGUGGAGAAGCCCGAGGUGGAGACGGAGAGCCGGUGAGCCAGGGCGACAAGGAGGAUCCGAGGAGCAGAUGGCACCGAGGUGGAGCGACAGAGGACCGAGGUGGAGCCGGAGGGAAGGAGGAGCCUGACAGAGCCAGAGGGACGAAAGGACGAGGUGCAGCCGGAGGAGUGGAGUCCCGAGGUGGAGGAUGGUUGACGACAGACCAAGGUGGAGCUGGUGGGACGAGGGAACCCGGCGGAGCUGGUGGACUGACAGGCCACGGCGGAGAGCCACAACGCUGAUGGAGACUGGCAGACCCACGGCGAUCCCACUGCACAGAUGGUGGGCUGAGGCUUUCCUGGGUUUCCAGUGUGUCAGCUCAUAUUGUAGUGGAUUCGAAGUGGUCCAGACCCUCCGCUGAGCUCCUUCAGUGAAGACAGCAUUUGGACAACAGUCAUGGCCAAUGGAGGUGAUGGAGCCGGGAUCACAACUUUCUCUAUUAAAUGGUAAUUUCGAAACAAUAGGGAGGCAUCACUCUUUAACAUGGUCCAGAUGAUAGCAGCAUGUCCCCUGCUGGGCUGUUCUGUCCUUCUGCUGGAUAUAAUUCAAUGAUCUGAUCAGUACAAUAACAAUGAUGUGCUCUAUUAUUGCUGCUGCCUUUGCCAGUCUGCGGGGGCCAGUUUGAGAGACCCCCUCUACUCUCGCUUUCAUUCACACUCACCCUUUUUGCCUUUCCUCCAUAACAAAAGCAUUAACAUCUGUUAAACAGGUUGAGCGGGUGAGGAUGGAGAGAUGGGAUGUUAGAGCUAUGUAUGAUGCCUGUAUAUUUUUCAACUCUUGAAAUGCACCUCUUCUGCUUUUCUGUCAUACAGGACCAGCAACUGAAAACACUAUAGAUGUACCUGGAAAUUUACAGUAAAAAAAGUAAUGCAAAGUUAUGGUUGCCAGAACUUUACUGUACAAUUUACAGUAAAAACUGUAUUUUAUAUGUAAUAUAUGUUAUAUAGCAACCUAUUCAAAUGCUAAUAUAUGUAUUGUACCUUUGUAAUACAAUGACAACCACCAAAAACAGGUGGUAAUGAGAAAGACAUGUAAUGAAUCAAAGCGUAUCAGCUCUUCCACAAGCUGAGGACAUAAAUACUAAUAUAUAAAAGGUGCACAGUGUCAUUCACACAAACACUAAACAGCAUCAUGGUAACACACAACACAAAAAAGUAAAGUAAUGCAAUAAACAUUUAACAACAUUAGAUGUAUCAUAAAACCCUAAUGCAGCCUACGUAACUGAUAAGAAAUAACUAAGAAGAAACCGUUACAAAAUAUCAAAUGUGAAGUGUCACUCUAAAUCAAGGUUCCUCAAUAAGUUUUCACUAAGGGCCAAAUUUUGUCAACAAUACCAAGCCAAGGCCCACUGACCGCAAUGUUACGACCAAAAUGUUUGC